CAUUCUCGGAUUCUUCCAGAAUUUUCGAAAUGCAGAUAUCGUCUCUCUCCAUCAUCCGCCACUCUUCUCCUUCCUUCCUCCGUCGCGCGGCGAUUCACCACGGUGGAUGCGGAGUUCGACUCGGAAUCGGAAUCCGCCGCAGCUUCCAUCUUCUCACAGUCGUCUCAGCGAGACGAGAUAACCCCGAUGUCUCCAGAAAACCCCAGCCGAGCAAAAACAUGCUCAGAGCUAAGCACAACAUCGGCAAAGACCACUCCUCCUUAGCUCCGGUGCUCUCUCCCGACCACAAUCCUUCGCUCCUGGCCUCUCAGGCCAUCGGCACCGUCGCCACCGCUCAGGCGAACUUCAUGCGCGUCGUCGUCAGUGAAGAUCGUUCGUCUUCGUCGUCUAAGGAGGGAGUAGAGCUGCUUUGCGUGGUGAGAGCGGUGCUGAAGAAGAUACGGAGGAGAGUUCUGGUUGGGGAUAAGGUCCUCGUUGGAUCUAUCGAUUGGGAUGAUGGGAGAGGGAUGAUUGAGAACGUGUUUCAGCGGAGAUCCGAGAUUCUCGAUCCUCCCGUGGCGAAUGUUGAUCACUUGCUCGUUCUCUUCUCUCUUGAUCAGCCGAAGCUUGAGCCGUUCACUCUUACUAGGUUCUUGGUGGAAGCUGAGUCCACUGGGAUUCCACUCACACUCGCCUUGAACAAAUGUGAACUCAUCUCUCAAGAGGAGUUGGAGUCUUGGAAGAUGAGACUGCGUGGAUGGAACUACGAACCGUUCUUUUGCAGCGUGGGAACUAAAGAGGGACUUGAUGCGAUUGGGUUGGUCUUGAGGGAUCAGACUUCCGUGAUUGUUGGACCUAGUGGUGUUGGGAAGUCGAGUUUAAUCAACGUAUUGAGGAGCAGUGGUGGCGUUGAAGAAGAGAAUUGGUUUGAGCCUAUAAUAGGUAAUAAUAAGUGGUUUGAAGAUCAGCGAGUUGGUGAAGUUUCAACGAGAAGUGGUCGAGGCAAACACACAACUCGAAAUGUGUCGCUGCUGCCGAUUACUGAAGGCGGUUAUCUCGCUGAUACUCCUGGUUUUAACCAGCCUAGUUUACUGAAAGUGACAAAGCAUUCACUUGCCUUGUGUUUUCCUGAGAUAAGGAAGAUGAUAGAGGAAGAGAAAUGUGGAUUCAAAGAUUGCUUGCAUAUUGGGGAACCAGGAUGUGUAGUGAAAGGAGAAUGGGAAAGGUAUCCUUACUACUUACAACUGCUUGAUGAGAUCAGAGUCAGGGAGGACUUUCAGCUUAAGACUUUUGGUACCAAAAGGGAAGGCGAUGUUAGGUACAAAGUGGGAGGGAUGGGUGUGAAACAAGCUGAACCGCGGUUACAGCCGAAGAAGCAUAGGAGAGAGUCGAGGAAGAAGGUGAAACAGACAAGGAUCAGUGAGCUAGACGAGUUCGAAGAUGAAGAAAGCGACUGGGACAUAGAGGACGACCCAAUUGUCCAAGCCAUUGAGAACGAGAAAGAGAGAUGACAACGAGAAGAUCCACCAAACCAAUGUCUAUUGUCACGAACAAAUAGUUUGUCUAAAGAAACGAAAGUAGCAAGUAAAUGAGAAUGUCCUGGUAAAAACUCGGAAGUUAAUUAGAGAAUUUGCAAAACAAAAUAGAUUUAAUUGUCACUUGAUUCUCCUUUGUUCUUUGAUGCACAUACUGAGUACCAACACUUCAAAUUUCUCUGUCACUUUCUAAAGAGAAAGAAGGCAAACAUAAGUAGAGUAAAACCAAAGAUAGUAUCCGACAUAAUCAAUGAAGGCAAAAGAAAGAUUCUAGUAACAAUGAUUAAUGAUUCAUAAGACCAACAUUGAACUCUAUCCAUUGUCUUGGAGAAUAUGAAGAAAAGGGAACAAAAUAUGGUUCAAAAACGCAAAAAAAAAAGAAA